AUGGCGGAAGAUCUGGUGCUGGAUACUGCAAUCAGAGAUUGGGUGUUGAUCCCUUUAUCUGUUGUUAUGGUUCUAAUUGGUGUGCUUCGCCAUAUUGUUUCCAAGCUUAUGCGUUCUACUCAAACUCCUGAUGCCAAAAUUGUCAGAGAAGGGCAAGUCAUGCUUAGAGCUCGGAAUUUACGGACGGCGGCAAAUUUUAUCCCUUCCAAGGCUUUUCGUGCCCGCAAGCUUUAUUUUUGUAAUGAGGAAAAUGGUCUGUUGUUCGUUCCAAAGGGCCAAGCCCAGAAUCCACAAGCACAGAUGUUCUCUGAUCCGAACAUGGCCAUGGAUAUGAUGAAGAAAAACCUUUCAAUGAUCAUACCACAGACUCUUACUUUUGCUUGGGUGAACUUUUUCUUUUCUGGAUUUGUAGCAGCCAAAAUACCUUUUCCAUUAACUCAGAGAUUUAGGUCAAUGUUACAGAAUGGAAUAGACCUAAGCACAGUGGAUGUUAGCUACGUCAGCAGUCGCUCUUGGUACUUCCUCAAUCUGUUUGGCUUAAGAGGAUUGUUUAGUCUCAUCUUGGGGGAAGAAAAUGCUGUAGAUGAUACACAAAGAAUGAUGCAAAUGGGUGGUGGAUUCGGAUUUGAUCCUUCAAAGGGUCUGAGUGUUGAGAAAGACAAUCUUGACAUAACUCAGCAUGACUGGGCCUUGCCAAAUUUCGAGCAUCGUGCUGAAUCUGUGUUGAAGAAAGUCAUCAGCUGA